AUGAGAGCCUGCGCACGAUUACUAGCUACAGCAACAGAUGCGGGCGCAUCGAGGCCCUUCAAGCCGGCGCCCGCUGCCUUGUUGCCGCCAAUACCUCUUUAUCGACGCCUGCUACGCUCACAUAGGAAAAGGCUAGGCGUAGAAGAGCGGCUACUUGGUGACAUGUAUGUCAAGGCCGAGUUUAGGGCACACAGGGACGUCGAAAAUCCCGUGCAAAUAAUUGGGUUUCUCUCAGAAUGGCAAACAUACUGCCAAAUGCUCGAGGGAGACUCGUGGAAGGAAGCUAAGAUGGACAAAGCGAAGAUUGACAAGAUGAGCGAUCAACAAAUUGGUCAGCUCUAUGAGCUCAUGCAACAGAUCAAGAACCAAGCUCAGGAGGAUGCCGAUGCCGAAGAGAAGCUGAUCGCAAAAUGCUUCACAUUCAACGAUGAAUGCGAUGUACUAUAUAUCAACAAUACUAGAUCAGUCUCCAACACCCUCUUCCGCCCACCUCUUCCGUCACUCUAUGCUCGCUGUUCAUCUAAGGGUCUGCUUCACAAGCUGAAGCCCUUCUCAGACGCAUCACAAUCGUCGCCAAUCAAUACUGGUCUUGGAAAGCUACAUAAUAUUGCCGAGGAUAUCACGCUAUCAAUACUGAAAUCUUACCUUACAGUCAUCGAAGGCCUACAUCCUUUGCAGAGUCUUUGCCUACCGGAAAUGUGCGGCUGCACCCUGUAUGAUUCUCCAACAUGUGGUCACUCCUGGAUCUCCAUGAGUCAACCUUGCAGCUUCCUCUCCGACCUCCUUAGCUGUCCAUAUCGUCAGACCUACCAGACGUUGAUCGCACCGCCCUACACCUGUCCCAUGUGCAACGGCGGAUUUGCAGAUCGAGAGACAAUUGAAAUGGUACAGGGGCCUUGGGGUUGCAACCAGAUGCUACGAAAUCAUGCUGGCGGAAACCAUGCGAUCUCCGGUCAGUGGGGAAGUGCGCCGUUCAUGUCUGGUGGAUGCGGAGGUCCAGCGAUUACUUCAGGAGCUAUAUCUGGUACUCUGAUUCCUAUGAACUACAGGAAUCAGGGCUUCACUUACGAUCACCGCCUUACUGGUCCUUAUGGGCCUCAAAGCAUGAUGUCGCAUGCUCCGAUGAUCACGGGUGGACCGAUGAUGGGCAGCUCGGCAAUGGUUAUGAACGAACCGAUUAUGUGCGACAAUGGUUUUGGCGGAUAUAACGAUGGCUAUAUCAGCGACCAUGAUGGAUACUACGACAACAGGCGCAAGAAAAGGAGGCAUAAGAGUCAUUACAAGUACAAGUAUACGGAUGAGCCUGCAACCAACUGUACGGUUAUGUGA